UCGGAUCUCACUGCCCCUUAACUCUGCGUUUUGUUCCUUGGUAGACCAAUCAUUUGUCUUGUUACAAAAUACCAUUUGUUGUCAAAAUGGCUUCCACAUCUCAGAAGACCAAAAAGGGCAUUUUGAAACAUUCUGGAAGUAUAGAUCACAGUAAAAAGGAGCUAGAAUGGGACGAGAUGAACAUCAUGGCCACCUACCACCCCGCGGAUAAGGAUUACGGGUUCAUGAAGGUGGACGAGCCGCCCACGCCGUACAACCGGGCGGCUAUCUCCGACUCGGAGGAUGAUCACGCCACCAUGGAGAGGAAGGGCAGCACGAGCUCCGUGGAUGCUCUGGACCCCGCCAAGCUCGCCGAGAGGCUUGAGGAGACAGGGGAGAGCAGUGCGGACAGACAUUUCUACGACGAUGAUGACGACUCGGAGGAGGAACGGGAAAAUGAGACAGAGGAGGAGAAAAAGAGGAGAAAAGCUUUCGUCCUGAAAAGAAAAAUGCACUACAACGAGUUCCAGGCGGUGCAGCUGGCCAAGAAGCUGAUGGCCGAGGAGGAGGACGAUGAUGAGGAUGACGACGACGCCCCCAAGAACGUCGACGCCGAACCCCGGUCGUCCAGCGUGGACCCAGGUACUCAGGAAGCCGCCAGCGCAACGACGUGUGUUCCCUCGGCCGCCGAGGCCAGCAGUAACCAGAUUGAAGACGGGGACAGUGUCGACCCGUAGAGCUGGCCGAUUGAGACGCCAGGAGAGGGAGCCCCUGCCCCCCCCUCCCCCACAUCCACUCCCCUAUCCCCCUCCCCCUGCCCCACACUCACCCACCCCCUCCUACCAUCUAGUCGGUCGCUUGUUUGUAUAUAUACACCUAUUGACUAACAAACUGCGUGUGCGUUUUCAUCCCUGAGUACCACCCCAACUACUACUACAUACCUCCUAAGACAAAUUAUCUGGCCUUUGAACAGGGAGGGAGGGGGGAGCGGGGAUCAUGAGAGGUUCAUUAUCUGCCACCAGCGUAGCCGUCUCUGUCUCUGUUCUGACCGAGGUGAAGGAGGUUUGAUAGGUGCUGGACGAAAUGGUCACGCCGAACUGGAUAUGAAGCUCUCGGCCUUGCUCCUCCCUCUCUCCCUCUCUCUCUCUCUCAAAGUCCAAGUUACCCCAUUGUGACCAGAAGCAUUUGUGCUUUAAGGGCAUGACUAAUCUGUUCUUUUUUUGGGGUUUUUUUUUCAAAACCUGUGUGCUUAGCUUGUUUUCAGAGAGUUUUUGAUGAAUUAACUUGCAUUCCAAAAACUUUGAUCAAAUGAACGUCUUAUUGGUCUUUCUAGUUUCUGUAAACGUGGCCAGUCUGAUACGAAGCUAGCGAUAUUAGGUUCUUUUUUCUCCGUAGCCUCUUCUUUCUACAACGGGAUGAGUCCACAAGAUCUCAGGGUAGUUUGUUGUUUUUUUCUAAAAGCCGAUUUUUUGGAUAUUGCGAAGAACAAAUCUUGGGUAAAACGUUUUUCUGUUGUGUAACAAAUAAUUAUUUUUACGCUGUUAUCCCGGGGAGUAAAGGCGCUCGGAUAUUUGCGCUGGGUGAGUAGGGACUGUCAGGCUCCCCCAUCAGCGUACGGCAAAUGAACACGGAUGUGAACCUGACAUCACCGUACGACAAAUGAACACAUGACGUGAACAUGACAGUUUGUUUAGUCUUGGAGGAACGUCGUGUAACAUUUGUGUGGUUUCACCGUAAUGCCACACACUAACAGUUAACAGGCCAGAAGAUCUCUUUUUUUUUUUCUUUUUUUUUUUUUUUAAGUUUUGAUCAUGAGAGUUGCUCGCAUGGGGGGGCCUACAUUGUCCAGUAUCUUCACAGGGGCGCUGACAACUGGAAAAUUUCUGGCGUCUGUUGUGUAGUGGUUAGGCGCUUCGCUAUCAUAUACAGGAGAUCCGAGAUUCCUCAGUGG